UCUUGGUGCCAAUUCAAAGAAUAUAUUCCAGAAAAAGGUUUAUCUAGUUUGCGAGAGAAUGUUAAAGCAAUAAAUACAGAUUUAAAAAGUAAUGCGAAAAAAGAUGGAAUCCAAAAAAUAAAAAUUGUAAUAUUUAAGAAAGAGAUGUUACCUAAAGAUCUUCAUUUAGUGCUUGGUCAGCUUAGAAUUUGGGCUCAAGAUAAUGGAGCUAAGAGUGCAUUUGAGAAAGCAUUCUCAUUAUCUAAUCUCAAGAUUCUUGUUUAG